AUGACUGACGGCGCCGAUAUUAUUCUGAUCCUGGUGGCUCUCAUCUUCCCGCCAGCCGCAGUGGCCUUCAUCACAGGUUGCUCGUGCGACUUGAUGAUCAAUAUUCUUCUCACGGUCUUGGGCUACCUCCCAGGACACAUUCAUGCCUUCUGGCUAAUCUAUAAGAAGAUGAAGGCCGAAGAACGCUUCAAUGGGGCCGUCACAUAUCAGGGCAACGGCGAGUGGAUGCCCAAGUACGGACAGCCGGUCUUUCAGGCUCCACCACCGUCUUACGGAGCCACUCAGUGA